GUCUCCGCUUAACCUUGUUUGAUUUAAUAGUGUAGCGCCCUCUGGUAUUAGUCCAAUUUUGUAAAGUUUUGUGUGACGUACUGGCGUUUAUAGACCUCGCUUGGAAACUACUCCACCUAACUUUUUGUGUGGAAUUACACUAAUAUUCUUUAUAAAAAGGAACAAUGUGAGCUUGAGUUGCUAACGUUAGCUAACACAACGGCUAGCUUUCCAGAGCCUUUCGGAGAGUGGUAGCGUUAACCAAAUAUUUAGCGUCGACCGUGUUGUUGUGUGACAUUUUGCUAAAUGGUGACUUAGCAACACGGGUUCACAUCUCCAAAGUGAUUUUGCUGCUUUUAACUAAUAAUGGCUCAAGUUGUUGACGCUGACGAUACCACUCCAUUGCUCAGGGACGAUGCAAGCAGUGAUGAUCAUCAUGAUGAUGAUGAUUACAAGAGUCGGUGGAGGUCUAUUCGAGUCAUGUACUUCACCAUGUUUCUCAGCAGUGUAGGUUUCACUAUUGUGAUCACAUCACUUUGGCCCUAUUUGCAAAAGAUUGAUGAUAGUGUCAAUGCCAGCUUCCUGGGGUGGGUGGUGGCAGCCUACAGCCUCGGUCAGAUGGUUGCCUCACCCAUUUUUGGCCUGUGGUCUAAUUACCGACCACGCAAGGAGCCACUGGUGUGCUCCAUCUCCAUCAACGUGUUAGCCAAUAUCUACUACGCUUAUGCAUACCUGCCGAGAACUAAUAACAAGUUCCACACGCUCAUGUCCAGAGCCUUAGUGGGCUUUGGAGCAGGUAAUGUUGCCGUGGUGAGGUCUUAUGUUGCUGGAGCUACAUCACUGAAGGAGAGGACCAGUUCCAUGGCAAACAUGAGUGCCUGUCAGGCCCUUGGUUUCAUCCUGGGACCAGCUCUACAGGCAUGCCUGUCAUUCAUUGGUGAGCAUGGUUUCACAGUGAAAAUCAUACAACUGCAGCUCAACAUGUACACUACUCCUGCUUUACUGGCUGCAGCUUUUGGAGUCAUCAACAUCCUGCUGGUUCUUUGGGUGCUGAAAGAGCACCGUGUUAAUGACCAUGGAAGACUCAUUCAAGCCAUCAACUACACAUCAGAAGCACCCCCACUACUGAUGAUCUUCAUCUUCUGCAUUGGAUUUGAAUCCAUCUUUGUUUUCCUGGUUGUAAAAGUGGCCUCUCAAAGGGUUGGAGAUCGUCCUGUGUUGCUGGCAGGCUUGGCCAUUAUAUUCUGUGGCUUUUUUAUUCUGCUUCCUUGGGGGAACCAUUACCCCAAAAUCCAGUGGGCAGACCUCAAAAAUAACUCAUUGGUCAGACAGAUGUUUGAAGCCACCAUAGCCUCCAAUAGAUCUUUGGAGCCAACCGGUUGUCCGUAUGAGCAGACCUGGUGCCAGUAUACCCCUGCAAUACACCUAGCCCAGUACAUCUCAUCUGACAUCUUGAUUGGGGUGGGUUACCCUGCCUGCAACGUGAUGUCCUACACUGUGUAUUCCAAAAUCCUGGGAACCAAACCUCAGGGUGUGUACAUGGGAUGGCUGACAGCCUCGGGUAGUGGGGCACGAACGUUGGGUCCUGUCUUUGUUUCCCAUGUUUAUACCAUCCUGGGACCCCGCUGGGCUUUCAGCCUCAUCUGUGGUAUGGUGGUCGGGGCUAUCGUCCUCCUGAGCUCAGUGUACCACAGACUCAUUGCAUUGUCUGUACGCCACAGAGGUACUGUAGAAUAACAGUUCCCACUGAAGACAUUGACAGCGGUUUGCUACUUUGCUUCUCAGAUUUAGCCAGCAUUCUGUCUAUGAUGACUGCUUUUUAUUGCUGUUACUUUUAAGUGUGACAGAUAAUAAGCCUUUGAGAUUUGUGAUUCAGGCUAGACCUCUAAACUCAAAGGUGAAGAGACCAGGUUAUUCUUUGUGACUUGACCAAAGAUGGCUGCUUCGUUUUGAGUUAAAAGGGAGCUGGAGCUGGAGAUGCAUUUUUCACGCACUUAUUGUAAAAGAAGCCAUGUGAUAUAUUUAUAAUCUUGCUUUGUUUUUUGCCUUGUUUGAGGUAGGUGCACAAAAUCAAAUGGACUUAAAUCUAAGUUACUAAAUGCCUGUUGCUGAAAUUUAGGAGCUUACUGUAUAGCACAGGUUUGUAAUUGUAGUUUUAAAGAUUAACAUUUGCAAAACCUGAAAAGGUUCUGAGUGAUAUCUUGGUAUCAAAUUAUGACAUUAGUGUAUGGAAUUCACAGAACAGUUCAUGUGGGGAAACCAUGACCUAAUUAAUGGUACUUGAAAAUAAGUGCUAUCACAUUGUUGAAUUAGUUUUCAGCAACAAAAAAUGUGCAGACUCCUGAAUUGUGUUUGAGUCCUUGGAUGUGACAUUCCCUGUAUGUACUGACUAAAGACUUUCAAAGUUGCUGCUUUGGUGGAGCAAUGGAAAGGUUUUAGAUUUACUGUUUCUUGUGAAAUGUGUUUCCUGAGAGAUAAACAAGCUUUACGUGUGUACAGGUUUUAGUCUACUUAAAAUAAUUCAUUAAGUGAUGUAUGAAUGUGUGUAUGCUAAUGAUUAACUGAGUAUUAUGUUAAUGUGAUUUUGUAUUGUCAGUUCACAUUUCACUUGUGCAAUUUAGUCUGGGCUAACUAAAAAUGCACAAUACACUUCAUAGCCUUGUGUGUU